AAUCUUCUCCCUCGCGGUGUCGAGUGGAUCCCGGCUGUAGAGUGGUGAGGGGAGGUCCCGGACGGCCCCGGCGACUCCUGGGCGCCUGGUCCACGACCUGUCCUUGGCGCCAUGGGUGUGAUAGGUAUACAGCUGGUUGUUACCAUGGUGAUGGCCAGUGUCAUGCAGAAGAUUAUACCUCACUAUUCUCUUGCUCGAUGGCUACUCUGUAAUGGCAGUUUGCGUUGGUAUCAACAUCCUACAGAAGAAGAAUUAAGAAUUCUUGCAGGAAAGCAGCAAAAAGGGAAAAGCAGAAAAGAUAGGAAAUAUAAUGGUCACAUUGAAAGUAAGCCACUAACCAUUCCAAAGGAUAUUGAUCUCCAUCUAGAAACAAAGUCAGUUACAGAAGUGGAUACUUUAGCAUUGCAUUACUUUCCAGAAUAUCAGUGGCUGGUGGAUUUCACAGUGGCUGCUACAGUUGUGUAUCUAGUAACUGAAGUCUACUACAAUUUUAUGAAGCCCACACAGGAAAUGAAUAUCAGCUUAGUCUGGUGCCUGCUUGUUUUGUCUUUUGCAAUCAAAGUUCUAUUUUCAUUAACUACACACUAUUUUAAAGUAGAAGAUGGUGGUGAAAGAUCAGUCUGUGUUACCUUUGGAUUUUUUUUCUUUGUGAAAGCAAUGGCAGUCUUGAUUGUAACAGAAAACUAUCUGGAAUUUGGACUCGAAACAGGGUUUACAAAUUUUUCAGACAGUGCGAUGCAGUUUCUCGAAAAGCAAGGUUUAGAAUCUCAGGGUCCUGUUUCAAAACUUACUUUCAAAUUUUUCCUGGCUAUUUUCUGUUCACUCAUUGGGGCUUUUUUGACAUUUCCUGGAUUACGGCUGGCUCAAAUGCAUCUGGAUGCCCUGAAUUUGGCAACAGAAAAAAUUACACAAACAUUACUUCAUAUCAACUUCUUGGCACCUUUAUUUAUGGUUCUGCUCUGGGUAAAACCAAUCACCAAAGACUACAUUAUGAACCCACCAUUGGGUAAAGAAAGUGUCCCUUUAAUGACAGAAGCUACAUUCGAUACUCUGCGACUCUGGUUAAUAAUCCUGCUGUGUGCUUUGCGGUUGGCCAUGAUGCGUAGUCACCUGCAAGCUUACUUAAACUUAGCCCAGAAAUGUGUGGAUCAGAUGAAGAAAGAAGCAGGGCGAAUAAGCACGGUUGAGCUUCAGAAAAUGGUCGCUCGAGUCUUUUAUUACCUUUGUGUCAUUGCACUGCAGUAUGUGGCUCCUCUGGUCAUGCUGCUUCACACAACCCUGCUUUUGAAAACUCUAGGUAAUCAUUCCUGGGGGAUUUAUCCAGAAUCUAUCUCUACCUUGCCAGUGGAUAAUAGUCCACCCUCCAAUUCUGUUUACUCUGAAUUACCAUCUGCUGAUGGGAAGAUGAAGGUAACUGUUACACAAAUAACAGUGGCACUGAGCAGCUUAAAAAACAUUUUCACUCCUCUGCUUUUUCGAGGACUUCUGUCUUUUCUGACCUGGUGGAUUGCUGCUUGUCUCUUUUCUACAAGCCUUUUUGGGCUUUUCUAUCACCAGUAUCUCACUGUGGCGUGAAUCUCAGUUAACAAAAAAGGAUAUCGAAGUCACACUCUGAAUUCAGAUACUCGUACCCUUGAAGGUCUGACAAAAACCAGAAGAAAGCAAAUACAAAGGAAGGAAAACCAUAUCAGAAUAUCUUGUUUUAAAUACUUCCUCUGUAUUCUCAGGGUGGAUUAAUGGUAUUAAUAUUUAAAAUUAUAGAAUAGAUUGUUAACUGCUAUACUGUGGCAUUGGAAUUUUAACUCCUUGUAUUAAUGGAUGUGAGAGAGCUAUCUACAAGUGUAAUACUUCUGAUGACCUUGGUUUACAGAAACCUCCAUCAGUCUUUGAAACUUCUCAGAUGACUCCAGUUAUUGAUUGGUUGCUCUUAAUGGUAUUAAGGUACUGUUAAUAUUCAUAAUGGCUGCCUAUAGAACAAUCUUCAAACUGAGCCAUGCUUUAGGGGAGGGAAAGGAGCUAAAGUCACUUCUGUUGGUAAUAUGCGAGUCACUCUUCAAACAGCAACAACAGCAAAACCCAACAGAAAGGAAUAGCUACUGUAUAUUACAGUAAAGAAAGCUGCAUAGUAAUUUUAAAUUUAAUGGAGUUGUACAUGCUUAAUAUCUACAAGUACUGCUGCUUGAGAGUAGCAAGAAUAUUGUUUUAAAAUGCAUUCUAGCCAACUUGAGGGAUCUUUUACAAUAAUUGGCUACAUGAACAUUUGCAGUCUUGCUAUUAGGUUUGGACUGCCCAUAUUUUAUUUUAUUCUAUGGUCCUAAAUAUAGUUCUUUUUAAUAGUCUAAAGAUAUUUAUCAAUAUUGAUCAAACUUUUAAAAAAUUACUUUGUAAUCCUGCUGACUACCUGUAUGUAUUGUACAUAUAUAUUAUAUAUUAAAUAUAUAAUAUAUUGAGAUUAUAAAAGAUGAAAAUAUUGGGUUCUUAUAAUAUUAUAAGUUGCUGAAUGUAUUUUAAAAUGUGAUUGAAUGAGAUGUAUUUGUAUCUAGAAAUUUUCUUUCUUUCUGGAACGAGAUUAAAAUACAUUUUGAAAAUUCAUCUGAGCAAGCGAUUUAUUUAUAUUGCCUAUGUGUGAGAGUACUUCUGAUUUUAUAAAUACUUAGGUGGUUGCUGCCAAAUUAAAAUUCUUUUUCUGUCAUUUAAAAAUAAUU